GGCCCAGCGCUGACCCCGCACCCGGCGGGCACCCGGCACGGCUAACGAAGGCCGAACCAGACCCUGGAUGCAGAUCCUGAUCUGAUUUUGCCUCCCAUCCCCCUGCCCCACGCAGGGCUGUGGGGUGGCCAGUGCUGAGCACCGUUUGCUGUUACCAGCGUCCAUCCCAGCCCUGGCCGCGGAGCCCAGCGGAGCCCAGAGAAGCCCAACGGAGCCCAGCGGAGCCCAGCACGCCUGGGGACGGAUGCAACUCCGGGAAUUUUUUUCUCAGAGCAGGAAGCUGAAGCAUUUCCUCCUCCAGCCGCAGCUGAUGCUUGCAGAGCGGGUUUUGCAAUCCCAUAGGUUUCUGUUCUCAGCGUGGGGAGGUGCCUCUCGCCACCUUGCAGCUCGGCGUUUGUUUGCUCGUAUAUAUUUUUUUUUUUGCAUCUGUCAGUGUUUCGCUGCCAGCCCCAACAGGUCCCGGCGACAGGGUGGUUUUUGGCAGCGUUAACAGCUCCGUCCAUGUGCAGCCCGUCGCGCGGUGCUGCCCGCUCGGCGCCGGCGAGGUAGGAGGCUGGCGGCUGCCUGCCAAGGGCGGCGCUGCUGGAGAUGCAGAGCACCCCAAACUACCUCUGGAGCACCGAGGACCUCCUGGGCCAGGGCGCCACGGCCUGCGUCUACAAAGCUCGCAACAAGAAAUCAGGGGAGCUGGUUGCCGUGAAGGUCUUUAAUAAUGCCAGCUACCUCCGGCCCCAGGAGGUCCAAAUGAGAGAGUUCGAGAUGCUGAGGAAGCUGAACCAUAAAAACAUUGUCAAAUUAUUUGCUGUGGAGGAGACGGGCAGCAGCAAGCAGAAGGUGCUGGUGAUGGAGUACUGCUCGAGUGGCAGCUUGCUGAACGUGCUGGAGGACCCUGCGAACGCCUUUGGCUUGGCCGAGUCCGAGUUCCUCAUCGUGCUGCAGUGCGUGGUGGCAGGGAUGAACCACCUCCGCGAGAACAGCGUUGUCCACAGAGACAUCAAACCCGGGAACAUCAUGCGGCUGAUGGGGGAAGAUGGGCAGAGCAUCUAUAAGCUGACAGAUUUUGGGGCCGCCCGAGAGCUGGAUGAUGAUGAAAAGUUUGUGUCUGUCUAUGGGACGGAGGAAUAUCUUCACCCGGACAUGUACGAGCGAGCGGUCCUGCGCAAGCCGCAGCAGAAGGCGUACGGCGUCACCGUCGAUCUCUGGAGCAUCGGCGUCACCUUCUACCACGCUGCCACCGGCAGCCUCCCCUUCGUCCCCUUUGGGGGACCUCGCAGGAACAAGGAGGUCAUGUAUAAAAUUACGACUGAGAAGCCUCCCGGAGCCAUCGCGGGGGUCCAGAGGCAGGAGAACGGGAGCAUCGAGUGGAGCUACGAGCUGCCCGUCACCUGCCAGCUCUCCACGGGGCUGAAGGACCAGCUGAUACCCAUUUUGGCUAAUAUCCUGGAGGUGGAUCAAGAGAAAUGCUGGGGAUUCGACCAGUUUUUUGCAGAAACCAACGACAUUUUGCACAGGAUCGUGGUUGAAGUCUUCUCCCUGCAGCAGGCUUCCUCACAUCGCAUCUACAUCCACUCCUACAACACUACCACCAAGUUUUUAGAUGCUGUCUUCAAACAAACAGACAUAGUCCCUCACCAUCAAGAAUAUUUUUUUGAAGGUCAUCUGUAUGAGUUGGAUCCUAACCUACAAGCCCAUAAUUUUUGCAAAACCACAGAGCGCAACCCUCUGACCUUGCUGAGCUCUGCUGAGCAACCAGAAGACGUGAUAGGAGUCAGAUACAGAGACCCGGCACUUGAGUUUCCAAAGUUUGUCCCCAGGGUGGACGUGGUGGCCGACUGCAGCGCAGCCAAGAGCGCGGUGGGCGCCGCGCACCAGACGCUGCGGAUCGCCCGGGCCCUGCAGCGCUGCCGGGAGCUGCUGGCGAGAGGUCUCCACUGGGUGAUUGGGAACCUGAAAACGGAGUGCUCGAGGAUUUUGGAGCAAAGGAGAGGGGCUCUUUCGGUGCUCGCCUGCCUGCAACUCACUGAGGUGAAGACCCGCGUGCUGUAUGAGGCUGUUCCUGCAGGUGGCGGGGUGCCGGCUCUGAAGGAUGUGGCCAUGGUGAAGACAAGGCUGCAGAGGGUCACCGAGGAGCUCUCUCAGUGCUCCCACAACAUCUUUGACUUUCAAGGGGCGCUGGAUGGCAUUUUGGCCGAACUGGUGAAGCUCAGGCAACAAGUGCAUGAAGACAAAAGCAUCCGGCAGAUCGAGUGCUGCCUGGAGAAGAUGCAGCUGAUCCACAAGCAGUUCAAGAAGGCCAGGACGUGUCUGCGGCUGGGCUACAAUGAGGAGCAAAUACACAAGCUGGAUAAGGUGAAUUUAGGGCAUCUGGCCAGGAAGGUUCUGCUGAUUUUCCAGGACGACUGUGUCCAGCGGUACCAGGAGGCCCUGGCCCUCCACGGCAGCAGGAUGAGGAAAGUUUGUGAGAUAAAAAAGCAUUUGAAGAAGCUCAGCAACCGCAUCAGCGCCUGCAGCGUGGAGGCGAUGGAGUGCCAGGACUGCCUGCAGAGCGCUCUGGACAGGUUUCUGCAGACGGAGAAAUGGAGCUUGGCCCCGGUUCCUCCCGCACCUUCACCCGUCCAUCUGAGCCAGGCAUGCCAGGAGAUGGCUUUCCGGAUGCAGGAGCUCCUGGAGCAGAUGAGGUCAGUAACUUGUGAUCUCCAGUUCAACAACAGCAUCAUCAAGCGCCUUUUUCCUGUGCUGCUCAGCACUGGCAGCUGUGGCUGCCGCAGAGAAGUAGAUGCUUUCCAUUUCUGGAUGAAACUCCAUGCAAAACCCAGCAUCCUACUGCUGAGAAACCCCCUUGGGUUUCUUCCUCUGCAACCUUUUUUUGAGGAUCUUGGUGCAAAGCAACAAUAUGAAUAAGUGUAUCAAAAAUGUCAAAGAGUUUCAGAUCAGAUUUUAAAAGAAAAAAAUCAGUGAUUCACCCCAGCCCUGUUUUUAUAGGACUGAAUGUUUUGUUGCAGCACGUCCACUGUGAAUAAGGGGAUGGGAAAGGUCUGGUAUGCUUUUGAUAUGAAGAGCUUAACCCAAGAGACACAGAACAAGCCCAAAGAUUAGUGCCCAGCCCAAAGUGUAGCGUGGGACUGCAGGAGCCCAGGUGACGCCUCUCUAGCCUAAAGCCUUUGGUUUUGUUCCUGCAGGUUAAGUGGGGCUGCCCCCGCUCCCGGUAUUUGAGAGACGUGGUGAAUUCGCAGCUGCUGAAGCAAACCGCUUUUCACAGCAGGGAACACUUUUAGCACUUUGGGUCCAGAGCGACAGAGACGUUCGACGUUCGUGUCUGAGGAGCCCUCUGUGUCCUACCUCUCCGCUCCAGCACUUUUGCACAGUUCACCAGCAUUAGCUUUGAGAGCCUUGCAAGCCUUGAGCCUUUGAAAGUUUGACCAGAAAAUUGUGUGGGGUUUUUUUUUUAUUCCUUUUAAAAAGUGCUUGAAGGACUUAAUGUUUUCCUAGCUUCUCUGUAUCACCAUGUCAGAUGAUGAAGAGGAGGAGGCUAGACAUAAAUUAUCUUUUGUUGCCUUA